AUGGAAGCGGUUAACGACAUCAGCGAGACACCGGCCGUGGGUCUGGGCGCCCUUCUGGACGCGGGGGUGGGCGCCAUGGUGACGCUGGUGGCGGGCGACACGCGGCUGGCGGCGCACAGGGCCGUCCUGGCGGACAGGAGCCCCGUGUUCGCCGCCAUGUUGUCCCACGACACCCUCGAGGCCAGCAGCGGUGCAGUGAGCAUCCCAGACGUGGGGGGCCCAGUGCUGAGGGAGCUCAUUGCCUACCUGUACACCCUGCGGGCCCCCCAGCUGCCCGGCAUGGCCCCCCAGCUGCUGGCCGCAGCGGUCAAGUACGGCGUGUCGGGGCUGAAGGCGGAGUGCGAGCGGCAGGUGGCUGCUCAGCUGACUGUGGAGAAUGCGGCGGCCGCAGCCGCCCUCUCCGUCCACUAUUCCUGCAGUGACCUCAGGCAGGCUGCGCUGGCGUUCAUUAGGACCUGUCCGUUGGAGGUGAUAGCCACUCAGGGGUGGGCAGACACCAUGCGAAAACAGCAGGAAGACUUGAUUAAAGUCAGUAAGCUGCUGUACGAUCCACCGCCACAAACCAAGUAA